GAAAUGGCUUUAUUCCCAGUCGUGGUGUUUCUGGCUGCUGUUCUGCUUCCAUCUUUACCCACAGAAGGAAAGGAUCCAUCCUUUACUGCUUUGUUAACCACUCAAACGCAAGUCCAGAAGGAGAUUGUAAAUAAACACAAUGAACUAAGGAAAUCAGUCUCUCCACCUGCCAGCAACAUGCUAAAGAUGGAAUGGAACAGAGAUGCGGCAGCAAAUGCCCAAAAGUGGGCAAACAAGUGCACUUUAGAACACAGCGUGCCAGAGGACCGAAAAACCAGUACAAAAUGUGGUGAGAAUCUCUAUAUGUCAAGUGACCCUACCUCCUGGUCAGAUGCAAUCCAAAACUGGUAUGAGGAGCGCCAUAAUUUUGUCUAUGGUGUAGGACCAAAGAGUUCCAGUGCAGUUGUUGGACAUUACACCCAGCUUGUUUGGUACUCUUCUUAUCGUGUUGGAUGUGGAAUUGCCUAUUGUCCCAAUCAAGAGAGUCUAAAAUACUACUAUGUUUGCCAAUAUUGUCCUGCUGGCAAUAAUGUGAGUAAAAAGAAUAACCCUUACCAACAAGGAACACCUUGUGCUAGUUGCCCUGGUAACUGUGACAAUGGAUUAUGCACCAAUAGUUGCGAGUAUGAAGAUCUGCUUAGUAACUGUGAUUCUUUAAAGAAGACAGCUGGAUGUGAGCAUGAAUUGCUAAAGGAAAAGUGCAAGGCUACUUGCCUAUGUGAAAACAAAAUUUACUGA